ACGUCUCGCGAUUUCCGAAUACGGUCCAUCAAUCUUUCCAUCUUCUUUCCUUUCUGUACUUAUAGCUUGGGUCAGGAUGCCGGCCUUUACCAGAUCAAUUGUUCCUUUCUUGCGGACCGCAAGGGCUGCUACUCAGCAACGCAAUGCUGUCAGCCCAUUGCACCAUGCGUUGAAGCGCGGAAAUGGAGUUGACUCCAUGCGCAUGUACGCAGCUGCUUUCGAGCGUACCAAGCCCCAUGUAAACAUUGGAACGAUUGGCCACGUCGAUCACGGAAAGACCACCCUCACAGCCGCCAUCACAAAGCGUCAAGCCGAGAAGGGUCUUGCCAACUUCCUCGACUAUGGUUCUAUCGACAAGGCUCCCGAGGAGCGCAAGCGUGGUAUCACCAUCGCGACAUCCCACGUCGAAUACGCUACCGAGGAGAAGCAUUACUCCCACGUCGACUGCCCCGGUCACGCCGAUUACAUCAAGAACAUGAUUACUGGUGCCGCCAACAUGGACGGUGCGAUUAUCGUCGUUGCUGCUUCGGAUGGACAAAUGCCCCAGACAAGAGAGCAUCUGCUCUUGGCCCGCCAAGUCGGUGUCCAGAAGAUCGUUGUCUUCGUCAACAAGGUCGAUGCCCUCGAGGACCCAGAGAUGUUGGAGCUUGUCGAGAUGGAGAUGCGUGAGCUUCUUUCCACCUACGGAUUUGAGGGUGAUGAGACCCCUAUCAUUCUUGGCUCAGCACUUUGCGCCAUGGAGGGACGCCGCCCAGAGAUUGGAGAGCAGAAGAUUGACGAGCUGAUGAAGGCUGUCGACACCUGGAUCCCAACUCCCGUCCGUGAGCUUGACAAACCCUUCCUGAUGUCUGUCGAGGAUGUGUUCUCCAUUCCCGGCCGUGGCACCGUCGCCUCGGGACGUGUUGAGCGUGGUACCCUCAAGAAGGAUGCCGAGGUUGAGAUCGUCGGCAAGGGCGACACCCCAAUCAAGACCAAGGUUACCGAUAUCGAGACCUUCAAGAAGUCCUGCGAGGAGUCGAGGGCAGGAGAUAACUCUGGUCUUCUCCUCCGUGGUGUUAAGCGUGAGGAUAUCCGUAGAGGUAUGGUUAUCGCUGCCCCUGGAUCCCAGAAGGCACACAAGUCUUUCCUGACUUCGAUGUACGUCCUCACCAAGGAGGAGGGUGGACGCCACACUGGUUUCCACGAGAACUACCGCCCACAGAUGUUCAUCCGCACUGCUGAUGAGUCUGCUACCUUCACCUGGCCCGAGGGAACUGAGGAUGCGCACUCCAAGAUGGUCAUGCCAGGUGACAACGUCGAGAUGAAGUGUGAUAUCCACACCCCUGUUGCCGUCGAGGCCGGUCAACGCUUCAACGUCCGCGAGGGAGGCCGCACUGUUGCUACUGGACUUAUCACUCGCAUUCUCAAGUAGAUGUGUAGAUCUGGCCGGUUGUGUUAUUAGAAUUGGUGGGCGAACUGUGUUGUAUAAUUGGCAUUUUAGCACGGAAAAGGAGUACCCGAUAUAUGUUUGUUACGGCUGACUCGACGGCCUAUUGCAAUACCUCCCCUCUACUUUCGAACAUGUAUUAUCUUUCUGUACUAUAGUGGGCUCAGAGCUCGUGUCAUAUCAACAAAUCGCCUCGUUUUG